CACUCAACCACUUCGGCCAGCACCAAGGAAAAGAGGAGAAAGAGCCCUGCAAACUCAUCCUCCAUAGCCAAGAACCGAGCUCAAGGAGGAGUAGUCCAAAGAAGGUGUUUCAAGAGGAGAAAAGCUAGGAAAAAGUGAGAAAGGUUGAGGAACUUGAUUAAAGUACUUUGGAGCUUCGCCGGAGUUUCGCCGGAGUUGGUCAAAGUUCGCCGGAGUUGGUCAAAGUUUGCCGGAAUUAGUCAAAGUUCAAUCGGGAAGCGUAGAACGCGCUUAAGCUCGCUUAAGUUUCAGGUAGGAGCUGAGCUUGCUACCAGUGCCGUUACUCCGGGAGAAAUUCAAGGAAGGAAGACGUGAAAUGGAGCCAAUCGGAAGGAUCACUAGAAGGAACCCGACGGGCCGUGUACCGGGUGGAUCCGAGCGCGGUAGCCGAGGGUCCUCUAGGGGAUCAAGAAGAAGGGGCCGUGGAGGCCAAACCCAAACCGUGAGCGAUGGCCACGUCGAGACGGAAAGUGAGACCUAUUGGUCUUAUGAAGAUUCAACCUACCGGCCGGAAACGGAGCCGGUUGAGACCCCUUAUGAAGGGGAUGAUGAUGAUGUGAGUGACGAGGAGGAAAAUGGCUCCUUGGCUAGGAUUGAAGCGCUGCUCCAACAAUACCAUCGGGAGCGCGAGGAAAGGAGGGAAAGCCGAAGGCGCCGUGUGGGGCAACCUUCGGGAGGGGCUUCUAGGGGAAGGAGUUUCUGUGAUUCGAGGACCCAUGUGGAAGCACAUGGGAGUCGAGGUGAUGGAGGUCCAACCAUAAGGAUCUCCAAAUACAUCAAAGAGGCGAGGGACUUGGGAUGCAAACCGUUCGAUGGGACGGGAGACAUCUCGGUUGCCGCGCAGUGGAUCAAGAGGCUGAACGAGGCAGCCCUUGACAUGCAACUCACCCCCGAUUUCAAGCUGAGAAUCGCGGUGAGGUUACUUGAAGGUUUGGCAUCCAAGUGGUGGGAUGGAACCAAGGGCAAGUACGGCGGGAAUGUCACUUGGGAGGACUUUCGGCAAGAAUUUUUUGCCCAAUACUACUCUGACUUUGAGGUAAAUGCCAAGGUGAGAGAAUACACUCUUCUGACCCAAGGGGGUAACAUGACGGUGAAAGAACUUGAGCAUAAGUUCAGGGACCUUGCCGACCACAUACCGGAGUAUGCUUGUGAUGAGAACCGAAUGGUGAAUCACUUUUGGGAGGUCUUGGACCUGGAGAUACGUGAUAGGGCGACUCAAUUGCCCAACAUGACUUUCAGCCAAGUGGUUGCCCAGGGGCUGAAGGGAGAAAAACAAUGGGAGGAAAGGAAGAAGAGGGACGCCGAGGAGGCGAAGAAGAGAAAAUGGGAGAACCAUGGCCCCCAAGGUUCCAAUAAGAAGGUGAACCAUGGGGGAGGAGGAUCAUUUAGGGCACCGGCACCGCCAUCUAGGGGAAGCUCAGGCACGGGUGGACAAAACUCGGGCUCGCAAGCCCCAAUGAUGAUUAGAUGCAGGAACUGUAACAGGAACCAUGGGGGUAAGUGUCGUGACCCUCCUCGGUGCUACCAAUGUGGAGAUACGGGGCACAUUAAGCCAAACUGCCCUCAACUUGGUGGGAACCGAGGGGCGGGAUCGAGUGGCGCUACUACGGCAAGUAGGAACCGGAAUGGGGCACCUCAUGCUAGUACGGGGCAAGGGGGAGCGAGCACGAGCAACGCGCCGUCCGUGAAUCAGGGGAGGUCUCAAGCACGGGUCUAUGCGAUGACCGAGGCCGACGCUCGGGCUAAUCCCGACUCCGUUGCAGUUUCAGGUAGGAGCUGAGCUUGCUACCAGUGCCGUUACUCCGGGAGAAAUUCAAGGAAGGAAGACGUGGUUCGUGCUUCCUCCGUUUCUGUUUUAAAACGUUUAAAUCAAUGCUCAUGGAUAUUAUAUUUUUGGAAUAAUCAUUUGGGGCUUGUAUGCCCACGUUUGCCAAAGUGUGGCACGAACACUUGUAAUGAAUGUUUCCGCUGCUUUAAAUGAAUAUUUUACAUUAUGUUUGUUUAUGGAUGUAUUAUGUGUGAAUGAUAUUCCAG